GACAGGGGGGCGUGGCUGACCGGUUGCCGUGAGACGGUAUCAGUGGCUGGGCUCGCAGGGAAGGAGGCGUGUCCCUCAGAAUCCGCAACAUGGCGCUGAACAAGAAUCACACGGACGGCGGGGGUGUCGUCGUUAAUAAUUGUGAGAGUGUCUUGAUGUCCUAUGACCAUGUGGAGCUUACAUUUAGUGACAUGGCAGGCACUUCAGAUGCUUUUCGGGGGACUAAGAAAGGCACGAUAAUGCUGACGCCAUUCAGGGUGAUAUUUGUAUCCAAAGGAAGGGAUCCAAUGCAGUCAUUUAUGAUGCCUUUCUACAUGAUGAAGGAUUGUGAAAUCAAGCAACCAGUUUUUGGGGCUAACUUCAUCAAAGGCACUGUGAAAGCAGAACCUGGUGGUGGCUGGGAAGGCACUGCCACGUUUAAACUCAGUUUUCCAGCUGGGGGAGCCAUAGAGUUUGGACAGUGCAUGUUACAAGUGGCCUCUCAAGCUUCAAGAGGAGGACCUCCAGGAGGUGGAUAUCCUUAUAUGCCUAAUGGAGGCUAUGCCUACCCACCUCCAGCAGCCAAUGGCAUGUAUCCUGCCCCUCCUGCUGCUUCUGGGUACCCUUUUCCACCACCACCUACAGAAUUCUACCCAGGACCUCCAAUGCAAGACGGUUCAAUGGCAUACAUGCACCCACCUCCUCCUCCUUACCCAGGCCCCAUGCAACCCCCCUCAUCCUCUGCUUCUGCUCCUGACUUGCCUUCUACUACAGCAGCUGAGGCCAAGGCUGCAGAGGCAGCUGCCAGUGGGUACAGCAGUACCAACCCUCCCAAUGUUUUCAUGCCAAUGGAUUUUCCUCCACCACCUCCUUACUUUCCACCAGAUGAAAAGAAAAACCAAUAAAACACCUUCAACUAAGAACCUGUCAUUCCUUUAUAGCUUCCUAACUUGAAGCCGGAUCUUCCAAAGACGCUAAUCUUGUAUCAUUCCUGAAGAUAGUCUUCCUGUUAGUAAGACCCCAUAGCUCAUUAAAGUCUAACUCCUGGCCUAGCCACUUGGACUCAGUGGCCCUUACACUGUAUGUUUUUACUUUUUCUUUUAAAAUACUUACCAAUUCCAUAUGACGUGACACAAUGGGUCCUCUACCAAUGUUCUCCAGUGGGGAGUGAUCCUCGAUGAUGCAGAGAGCAAUGCUUAUGUGAUAACAUUAGCACCACUCUGUACAUCAUUACACUGUGAAUGAAGGGUUCUGUGGUUAUACCCCCUCAGGGGUAGGUCCGUGUCCUUGGUCAUAGGGGUUGAAUGAUGCUGGGUGGCAUUUAACCUAGGGGGCUGAGGACAUCUUGUAGUGAAAAAUGAAGUACUGCAGGGGAUAGCUCCAGGUCAAAGGUAAUAUGCAGCCUGGGAUGUUUUUUUGUUUUAAGCUGCUGGGGGAAUUUUGUAAAUUACAAAAUUGGCCCAGAGUUGGCCUUAACAUUUCUGAUCAGCAUUUGGCAGGCUCUUUUUGGCAGGAUAGUUUCUAGUCUUCUGUAGAUCUCAUCAGAAAGACCAUUCUAUGUCUUGCACAUCUAAAUCAUAGCAGACUGGAUAGACUGUACUGCAUCCUGCUAUAUUAGGCAUGCACUAAUCUUCAUCUCUGUUAUUUGAUUGCUGUGCGUAUGCAAAUAAUUUAAAAUUUAAUUUAUUUUGAAGGAUUCAAAUUAGAAAUAUACUGUACAUAAUAUAUUAAACCAAGAUAAAAAUUUA